GGUCCAAAUAAUAUUAUGGGCCCAGCGGCCCAUUUCCUAAUCCACUUCUGUGGGACGACUUUUCCGCGGCGAGUAGCAGUAAAAGAUGCACUCGCUCUCGUCUCUCCCUCCAGUUGCGGUCCUCUGCCGAGUGAGCCCCAAGCGCCGCCGUCUUGCAGCGCCGGGACGGCGGGGAACUCAGAUCAGAGCCAUGAGAGCCGUCGUCCAGCGGGUCGCCUCUGCCAGCGUCGAGGUGGAGGGGCGGAUUGUGUCCGAGAUAGGGCCGGGGCUGCUGGUGCUCGUAGGUCUUCACGAGUCCGACACCGAUUCCGACGCCGAAUACAUGUAAUGCAGAAGAACUAUGGUGUUUUAUUAGUGAGUCAGUUCACAUUAUAUGGAGUCUUGAAGGGUAACAAGCCCGAUUUCCAUGUGGCGAUGCCGCCCCAAAGUGCAAAGUCCUUUUACGAUUCUGUUGUUGAAAGAUUUCGGAAAGCCUACAGCCCGGAUGCCAUCAAAGAUGGUAUAUUUGGAGCAAAGAUGAAGGUUAAUCUAGUUAAUGAUGGACCUGUGACGAUGCAGCUCGACUCAUCUGCAUCAGCGAAGAACACAGCCAAUACAGUAGAAGAUUCUUCAUAAGUUGGUUAUUCAAAUUGGAACUCGGCUUAUGUUCGGACCAUUAAACACUGUAGGAGAGCUGCUUGCGAGAAUGAAUUGUUGAUUAAUUUCAGGGAAAGCAGAGUGUUUGUUACACUUACAUGAGGAACGAGGCAUAAGAAUUUGCAAUCAGAGUCCUCAAUGUAUUGAUAGAAUUAUUUAGAGAAAACUAUCAAUUUGGUUCUCGAAAGAUUAUUUUGCCAUCAAUUUGGUCCUUCAAAGAUUUUGGCCAUCAAUAUGGUCUUUCAAAUAUCAUAUUGCCAUUAAUUUAAUCUUCUGUUAAAAAAACUGUUAGAAUUGCUUAAUUCCGUCAAAUAAUUUCUAUAAGAAAUAAAAAUAGAAAAUUUUUUUUUGGA